CUCUUAGCCUCCCUUUUAACCUCCUGGAGCCCUCCCACCACUGCCCAAACCACCGUUGAGGCUGUGCCACCCAAUGUGACUGAAGACAAGAAUGUUCUUCUACUUGUUCACAAUCUGCCACGGGCACUCCGAGCCAUUUAUUGGUUCAAGGGAACCGCUGUGGAUAAAAAAUAUGAAAUUAUAAGAUAUAUAACAUCCAUUAAUAUGAGUAAAAUGGGGCUUGCACACAGUGGCAGAGAGACAAUAUACAGCAAUGGAUCCCUGUUCUUCCAAAGUGUCACCAAGAAUGACGAGGGGACCUACACACUAACUAUGCUAUAUCAAGACCUUCAUCUUAGCCAUAUACCUGUACGAUUUUAUGUACACCCCUCCCUUUUAACCUCCUGGAGCCCUCCCACCGCUGCCCAAACCACCGUUGAGGCUGUGCCACCCAAUGUGACUGAAGACAAGAACGUUCUUCUACUUGUUCACAACCUGCCACGGGCACUCCGAGCCAUUUACUGGUUCAAGGGAACCACUGUGGAUAAAAAAUAUGCAAUUGCACGAAUUAUACUAUCCUCUAAUAAGAUUCAAUUGGGGACUGCAUACAGUGGCAGAGAGAUAAUAUACAGCAAUGGAUCCCUGCUCUUCCAAAGUGUCACCAAGAAUGAUGAGGGGACCUACACACUAACUAUGCUAUAUCAAGACCUUCAUCUUAGCCAUAUACCUGUACGAUUUUAUGUACACCGUAAGUAAUUCUCUGUAGCCUCUGGGUCAUGUGUAGAGCUAAUCCUGCUUCACACAGAGAACUGUCAACCCUACAUGACUCUACUAUGUUCCCCACAUUGUGGUUGGAGCAUUAGUACAGGACACAGAGUGGGGAAGAACAGUAAUAAACGGGGACCCACUCUUUGAGAGAAGAGAUUGUGAGAUAACUUGGUCUGAGGAUGUCAGAUCCCGCCCACAGGGAACCUACACACUAGAUAUGCUAUAUCAAAACUUUGAUGUCUGUGCAAUUUAAUGUACACAGUAACUAAUUCUCUGUAGCCUCUGGAUCAUGGGUAGAGUUAAUCCUACUUUAUGAAUAUGCAAUUUUUUAGGUACAUAAUAUAGAAGAUAAAAUACUAUGAGGAGUACCCACAAUACCCAUCUCCCUCUCCGUUGUUUUAAAAUAAUUUUGAAAUUGCCCAUUGGCUCUGGCCAAAAUCAUUGUCCUUUAAUGUUCUAUGGUAUGCCUCUGAUGUGGGUUAUAUCAAACUUAUGGCAAAAUUCCUGAAAACACUUAGCAAUGAACCCAAUGGCAUUACCAGUUUUUAAUGUUUUACAGAUGCCUAAAUCUGUAAAACAAAAUCUGUAAAGCAAUAUCUUUGAAUAAAAAGGAGUUAGCCUCCUUAACUGCUUCUCCAGAUAGGGGGACAAUAGCAAUAAGCAAAGAGUGAGUGUGUCUAGAAUCGCAUGAAUGUAUUUUAAUUUCCCAAAUCUGGGGACAUAAGUAAUAUUUGUGUGACAGAUAUGACUGGGCAAAAAUCCUCAGGGAGUCAUGGCAGAAGAGAGUAGAGGUGGAUAUUAACUCUGACACAUGAAGAGCAUCCAUUAACUAUCAGGAGAGCCUGCUCUUUAGUUAGUGAAACCUAGUUUUAAUGCUGAAGUGUUUUAAGGAAAGUGUGCUUGGGAUUCCUACGUUUUCUUCAGGUUGUUAAUUCCUAGGAAAAGAGUUAGUGUUAAAAGGGAAUCUGUCUUUGCAUUUCCAUCAGUCAAAGGUCCUGUGUAGCCAUCCAGUGGCCAUAGACAAACUGGGUUCACCUGAAAAGGGAGUUGGAAAAGAAAAAAAGAUGGGAAGACAGGUAAGAGAAGAAUGAAACCAAGACUAGGUUCUGAUCAAGGUUCCAAGUUUAAUAUUCAGCACUGCUUUUAUAUAGGGAGAGCCCACAGACCCAUCCUUUGUUUCAGCUGGAUUAUGUUGCAAAGCAAGGUCGGCAGGCAGUCUAUUCUUCUAAAUUCCUGUAGGAAGUUGCAUGUGCAACCCAGGCAGAUGACUCCGCCUAGGUCAUUAAGGCAAAAGCUCAAGGUCUAUUCAGCCUGCUCAAGGCUGGGAAGGGCACAAUUCCCCUUUUCUUGCUUUUUAAAGAUGAGCAAUAUCAGUAGCUGGGCUGGGACACAAGAUUUACUUGUUUUCUAUAAUCCUGUCUAGGGUAAAGAGUAGCCAGGCAACCAUGGCUGUCUUAGGUUGGUGUCUAUAUUACUCCGUCUUAUCCAUCAUGGAGGACAAACAUAACAUUGAUGUAUGUCUCUGUCUUAGGUCAAUAGGAGCUCAAGAACACUCUUAUAUGUCUCUGACUACCAGCCUUCUAUAGCACAUAGCACACCCUUUCUCAUUCAGAUCAAAGCCACGAAGAACAUAUGAAUAUGCACUCAAUGCAUUUCUUCAUAGCGAUGAAUAACUGCCAUGGUGAAUAGCUGAGCUUGCUGAAAGUGAUCCUGUGUGAAGGCAACCAAUCUGUUUACAAUACAAGGUCCAAAAGUUAAAAGCAACAACACUAUAAUUAAUAGUCCAAGCAGUGUAAAAAUUAAAGUUGUCUGUGGGAAUGUCCCAGGUAUCUAAUCCAGCUGCUAACUGGCAAAGAUCAAACACAAAGUCUGGCCACCAGGUAUAUGAGGGGUGGCUUUGAGAAUUGAUAGAAGACACUUGCUCUCCAGUAAAGGUGGAGACUACAUUCCAGGAAACUCAGGCAGCUUAUAGGAAUGUUGAGCCAUCUUCAUCAUUGGUAUCAUAAUCAUUAGAAGGCUCAGGGUCCAUGCCAUAAAUGAACCAAUCCUUCAGGCAGCCAUCAGGCUCCAUUCGCAAACAGGACCUUGCCCCCAUAUUAAAAUGGGAUCGGGACCAUUUCAUGUAUUAGUUAGGAGGUCUUGCUAUUGAACCAUAGCAUAUGAGCUGUAAGUGACUGGAUGCCAGUGGCAAUCUGCCGCAGACUGACCUUUAGCAUCAAUUUGCAAAAAAAUUUAAAACAAAUAAGACAAAAGAAAAGUGUGCUUUUAGUAACCUUGAAGGAUAUAACUCCCCCUCUUUUGUUUUUAAAAGCCAAUUUUUCAGAGUGAGAUGUGCACAUUCAGCAAUUCCUUGUCUCAUUGGAUUAUAAGGAAUUCCCAUUUUACAUUCAAUACCAAAUUCCUUACAAAAUGAUGUAAAGUUGUUUGCAGUAUAAGUUGGCCGAUCCAUUAUGUGUCUUGAUGAAUUUAGGUAAUCCCAUAGCAUUGAAGACUUGUAAGCAACGAUCAAUUACAUUCCUAGAAGCUUCUCCUGUAUGUAGAGAAGCAAAAAGGAAACCUGAACACAUGUUAAUACAGACAUGAACAUAUUUCAAUUUUCCAAAUUCUGCAUAAUGAGUUACAUCCAUUUGCCAAAUGUGAUUAGGCAUAAGGUCUCAUGGAUUAACCCCUAAAUGAGGAACUAGAGAUAAUGUAAGACAGUUAGGGCAUUGUUUUACAAUCAUUCUAACCUGCUUCUUAGUGAUCUUAUGUUGGAGCCUUAAAGUGUGACUAGAGAGAUGAAAUUUAUGAUCACGUCUAGCCAGUGCAACAGGAUCAGAAACUAAGGCGUCUCCUAAUAAAGCUAAGUCAAUGCAAUCAUUGCCUGCAACUAAAGGUCCAAGAAGAUCAGAAUGAGCUCCUAUAUGACCAAUAUAAAUGGGAUUUUUUUUGGGGGGGGGGGUAAGAAUGAUGCUUUGUAGUUGUGAAAACAGAGAUCCAGCUGGUGUAUUGGAAUGAAAUGCACCACAAGUUUCUAAUAGAGGAAGAAACUUAGCCACAGAUUGACUAACAGUAAAAAGAUUAAAAGUAUCAUUUA